GGAGUAUUGUUCGUUGCGUCGCAGUUCUUCUUCCUCCUCUCUUUGCGUGCUUGCGCGCUUAGCUACAGGCAGCAAAUCCUAUAGUAGAUCACUGCUCAGCUCGAUACCUACGGCAGUGUAUUCCGUGGCCUUUGUUGGGAGCUCCAAUUGUUCGACGAAAUGCCUGAACAAUGGUUCCACUCUUUAACUCCUUAAAUCUCUUCACAGUCUCGCCACUCUUCGUUCGGAAUCUGAAUUUUCCACCCAUUUCGUCUCUUGGUCUUGUCAGUGAUCCCAAAAGAAGAAGGCUAGGACGGCAACAACAAGUGGUCUGUUUUAGCCUUGUAGUUGGCAGCUAUUCAGGGUUUGCGGUGUUAAGAAGGGGAAGUUGGAAUAGGACUUGGUGUUGUGGGUGUAAGGGAUGGGAGAGUGACGGAGACGCUACAUUGGAGGCCGAGAUAUUGGAAUUCAUGCAGAAAUCGGAGAAGCCUGACGUGUUUCCGACCAAGAGAGAGUUGUUGGAUGCUGGUAGGAUGGAUUUGGUGGAGGCCAUUAAAAAGAAGGGUGGUUGGUGGUCAUUGGGUUGGGAGUCAGAUGAUGAGGAUGUGGUAGAGAAGAAACUUCAAGAAACUGAAAUUAUGGCAAUGGACUAUGAUUUUCAGGACUUCCAACGGAGAGUUGAUAGUUUUCGAGAGAGUAAUUCCGAGGAGGAGGAGGAAGAAGGGUCUUCAGGGUAUGCUUCUGCUUUUACAACAACUUCUCAAUCCACUUCCUCCUCUGGUAGAUCACUAGAAAUUGCAGCUGAGGAAGAUACUGGGAUUGAGGGUAUAUUGAGUAGACUGGAAAAGCAGAGAAAUUUAUCUUUUGGCAUUGAUUUGGGAAAAGGGUAUGUUACUCAUGCUUCCACUAAGGACGAUGGAGCUGACAGGCAUUUUGGAGCCUCAACCAUUGCAGACAGGAUGACUUUGGACAAUGCGAUAGAUUCAAAUCAAUUAUCCACAACCAAAGGCAUAAACAAUAAUUCAGGCAGCAAGCUUAGCCACAAUGGCUUGCACUCAGACCUUGAUGGUUUAGAACUUUCAGUUAAGCCUGAUAUGUGGAGGACAUGGAGUAUUCAACGGGCCGGCUACUCAGAUAUGGAUUUUGAAGCUGCUGAAAUUUCUUACAAUGAACAUGGAAUGGAAGUGGAAAUGGAUGCUUCAAAAGAAGUAGUACUUGCAAUAACUCAGGGUACUAGUGAAGCUGUAUACCAAGAGAGAGAGAUUAAUCACAAUCAGAUACAAAACAGGCUUCAGGACCUGGAGCUUGAGCUUGCUUCUGCACUCUGCUUGUUGAGGUCCAAGGGCAAGCAAUACAUUUCAAAGGAGGUGGGCUAUCUAAUUCCUGUUGCUCUGCUAGAGUUGGUUAAUUACUAUUGUGAAUUUUCAUUGUGUCUUGAAGAUGCACUAUAA